AUGUCCUCAACCAGAGCACCAAGGGGGCAGCAGGACGGCAGUGUUUUUCCACAAAUUCUUUCAGGAAAGCCCAAGGUGUAUCAAGGUGUUAGAGUAAAGAUUACAGUUAAGGAGUUACUGCAGCAGAGAAGAGCACAACAAGCAGCAACCGGUGCAGCGGUUUCUUGGGGCAGCAGCAGCAUCCAGUUUUCAGAGUCUGUGUCUCCUCCUCAGCCAGAUCCCAUCUCUUCUGUUCCCAGCUAUUGCCCAUCAUGGCAGUUCUCAAAUUGCCUCUCCUGUGAAGAAAGCCCUAGCUAUUUGGAGCAGCUGGUAGAUUCCUGUCUUCAGACAGAUGUUCCAUUAGACCCAGCCUUCAGCGCUUUCCAGCCAUCCUCGCCCUACACUUCAGACACCUUCCAGCCAGUCCCCUUCUGCUUUAACCAGGGCCUGGCUGCCGGAUCCCCCAGUUCAGCUGAUCUGCCCAGCCCAUUAAACUAUAGCUGCUCUCCUCCUCAGCUAUCUCCUUUCACCCCGCUGACUCACAGCCCACCCUCUGCUCUGGACACCAAGACCUAUGGCUACCCUGCGGAGGAGUGGUCCUGCCAUACCCCCUCCCCAUACACCACCUCAGCCUGCUGCUGCACAGCCUGUGGCUCCCAGCAUGAGGACAACAGGGUCCCGCAGUACUUCCCCUGCCCCAGCACGGACUGCAUGGACUACCUACCACCCAUGGCCAUGGCCGAUGACUUCUUCAGAAGGGAUAGGAACUGUGACAUCUGCUAUAGCUAA